AUGAUUAAAAACUUAAUUUAUACAUUUUCAACUAUCGCUAAUCCUUACAAAGUUUUAGGUAUAAAUAAGGGUGCAUCGAUUCAAGAAAUAAAAUCAGCUUAUUAUAAAUUGGCUUAGCUUUACCAUCCAGAUAAAAACAAUGCAAAGGAUGCUGCUAAAAUGUUUACUUAAGUAAAUAAUGCUUAUGAGAUUCUAUCAGAUGAAGUAUAACUAAUAUUAAUUUUAGAAUAAGAAAAGAAUGUAUGAUACUUGUGGUGUAUAAGAUGNUUGGUUUGUUAUUAUUGAAUCGAAAAAUACAACUGCAUUUUCUGUUCCAUUCACGGUAUUCAUUCUUUAUUAUUUUUUUAAUAGCAUAUGAAUUAGAUUUUCGAAAUGCUUAAAAGUAAUUUCCCUUGUUACUUAGAGAAAAUGUUUAUAAUACAACCAUAAACAUCUAUUUAAGUUACUUGGUAAAUUGUAGAAUAAUUUAUUCCCUACAAUUCUAGACACAAAAUUGAAUUUAUUUCUAAUGAUUUCUCAUUGAUGUUUAAUUACAUUAACCCAAAAUAAUUAGAAUAGAGACAUGGAGGUAGAGCAUAAAAUAUCUAUGAUUUUUGGCCACCUCAUUUUGAUAAUUAAAAUGAAGUUGAGUAUUUUUUGAAAGAAUAACAAGAAACCAAUAAAAUUUAAUAGUAAAUUUAGUUACUCCAAAAAGUUAUGCCUUUUACUUCCUCAAUAGACGUACAAGUUUCUAAUCUUUUAAGAAAACAAUAUAAACCUAAAAAUAAAAUUUAUUAACAAGAAACUCAUCUAGAAACCAAUCAUUAUUAUAUGCAUAAAUCAAAUUCUAAAACAGUAUUCUUAAAUGUUCCUUAAAUUUAAUAAGUUAUUUAAACUUAGGAACAAUAAGAAAUUUAAUAAAAACCUCAAGAAGUUAACGCUUCUUUUGAAUAAUAACUUUAUAAUCAAUUUAAUAAUAAUAACUAUUAAACAUAUCCAUCUUAAAAACAAUUCAAUACUAAUACUUAAACUAGUUAAUAAAAAUUUAGAUAACCUUUAAUUUAAAGUAGAUUCAUUGGUUCUAAAACCAAGUAAAAUGAAAUUCAGAAUUCAUAAAUGCUUGGUACAUAAACUCCAGUUUUCUAAUCUAGAUUUAUAGGUCUUAAAACUUAACAUCUCUUAAUUAAAUAAGAUAUGAGCAUAAUCGCCAACAAAGAUGAGCUUGUAUCAGCUUAGCAUUCAUAAUUAAUGUGA